AUGGGUUCUCAAGAAGCCUACAUCGACAACUCCGUCGAGAGGGAUACUUCCUCCCCUGAGCGGCCUGUCGAUGAGAAGACGACUUACCCAGGCACGGUCCACGAUGUCGACGAGGUUGUGCAUGAUCUUGCCGAAAAGCUCGGUGAUAGAGCUGGUGGCACAGCUCCCAUAGAUGAUAUCGAGUACGUCAUGGACAAGAUCGAGACAUUGACUGUCCAGGAGUGCAAAGAUAUCAUUGCAGUACUACUCAAAGAUCACGAGUACGACUACAACUUCUCCAAUGCCCAGCGCGAGAAGCUUGCAGCUUUGGCUGAGGGGCCCUCGGACGGACAAGAUCCUGAAGAGUGGGAGCUGGAGCUCAAAACCGAGACGGCAAUCAACAAGUUCUACUCGCCGUACCCCGAGGUGCGCGCUAUUACGACGCCGACAGACGAUCCUAAUAUUCCUUGCGAAACUAUCCGUGCCCAUCUACUCGGCUAUAUUUGGGCGGUCCUUGCGCAGUUCACCAACUCGCUGUUCAACUCGCGUUUUCCAUCAAUUACGCUGACAUCCGCCGUUGCACAAAUUCUUCUUUACCCAUGCGGCUUGCUCCUUGCUCUGGUGUUGCCAGACUGGGGCUUCACCGUUCGCGGCCAAAGAAUCUCGCUCAACCCAGGCCCUUGGUCGUACAAAGAGCAGAUGCUUGCCACAAUCAUCAUUGAUGUUGGACUUACAUCGGCUUAUUGCUUCUGGAAUAUCCAGACUCAGACAGUUUACUACAAGGACAAAUGGCUGACUCCUGGAUAUGGCAUUCUGCUGCUUCUAUCUACGCAACUCAUGGGCUUGGGAUUCUCAGGCUUGAUCCGUCGCUUUGUCGUUUACCCAGCGGAGGCUAUAUGGCCCAAUAUUCUUCCUACAGUGGCUCUUAACAGAGCUUUGUUGGUCCCUGAAAAGGAGGAAGUCGUUCACGGCUGGCGGAUAUCUCGCUACAAGUUCUUCUUCAUCGUCUUCUGCGCCAUGUUUGUUUACUUUUGGCUUCCAGACUUUAUUUUCCCGGCUCUCAGUUACUUCGCCUGGAUGACGUGGAUUGCACCUAACAAUUUCAACCUCAACAUCAUUACUGGCUCUACAGUUGGCCUUGGAUUCAAUCCUAUUUCGACCUUCGACUGGAACGUGAUUUCCACGUAUUCGCUUCCGCUUGCGUAUCCAUUCUUUGCAUAUUUCCAGCAGUUCUUGGGUACGGUUUUGGGUGGAUUGAUUAUUAUCGCAUUGUAUUGGUCCAAUGUCAAUUGGUCGGCAUAUCUUCCCAUCAACUCAUCCGGCAUCUUUGACAAUACGGGCCUGUCGUAUAACAUUACGAGAGUUGUUGAUCCCAACAACGGUUUCCUCAAUGAAACUGCCUACCAGGAGUACUCCCCCGCCUUCUACAGCGCAGGAAACCUGCUCCUCUAUGGCGCAUUCUUUGCUUUCUAUCCCCUCACAAUGGUCUUCAUCUUGCUUGAUGCUUGGCGACCCCUUCUCAAAGCUUACAAGUCGACGGCAAGAGACGCCGUCAACUCGACAACCAAAACCCUUGUUGGUGUCAAGAAUGCAACCGUGUCGAUUGUCAGGGGUAGGGUACGUGAAGCUGGUCGCCACCUGGCCGAUAUUCUCAACAGCGAUUCAUCGAUAUAUGACGGAUUUGAUGACCCGCUGACACAGCUGAUGCGUAAUUAUCCUGAAGUACCAGACUGGUGGUUCUUGAUCAUCGCACUCAUUGCGUUCAUUUUUGCAAUUGUCAUUGUAGCCCACUGGCCCCAGCUCGACACACCUGUCUGGACAGUCUUCUUUGUCAUUGGAUUGAACCUGGUCUUCCUUGUUCCAAUGUCCUACCUUUACUCAAUCUCUGGCACAACCGAAGGAUUAAACGUUGUCACGGAAUUGAUUGUCGGUUACGCUUUACCUGGUCACCCCGAAGCCUUGAUGUUCGUCAAGGCCUUUGGAUACAACAUCAACGGGCAAGCAGAUACCUAUAUCUCAGACCAGAAGAUGGGCUUCUAUGCCAAGCUACCCCCGCGCGCUAUGUAUCGUGGCCAAGUAUUGAGCGCCAUUAUCACUGCGCUUGUUGCAUAUGGCGUUGUGCAAUUCGCUGAUAACGACAUACCUGGUAUUUGCACUCCAGAGCAAGUUUCUAAUUUCAACUGUGCGAACGGAUCGCAAGUAUAUUUCUCAUCGUCUGUUGUUUGGGGUGCAAUCGGUCCCAAGAGAAUCUUCAGCCAGAUUUAUCCGACCAUGAAAUAUACAUUCCUCUUUGGCUUCCUGCUCGCCCUUUUCUGGUGGGGCCUUAAGCGCUUUGGAUCCUAUGCUCGCGAGGGAGUCCGAUCUGUGUUGCCGGCUGUUAUUUUCAAGCCCCUGAACCUGGUUGUUUUUACGCCCAUUUCAUGGCUGAAGCACGUCCACCCUUCGCUGGUAAUUAACGGAAUGCUUUUGUGGGCGCCUCUCAACCUCACCUACUUUACUGGCGGCCUUUACUUCUCUCUCGCGUUUAUGUAUUAUCUGAAGAGAUACAAGACCGCGUGGUGGGAAAAGUAUAACUAUGUAUUGGCCGCCGCACUUACUGGUGGAGUUGCGUUUUCAGGUAUCAUCAUCUUUUUUGCCGUGCAGUAUCACCCGAAAAGUAUUAACUGGUGGGGUGUCAACGUUCUUGGGGAAACGAUUGAUGGUGGCGCUCGACGUAAAGCUCUGCUCACUGAAUUGCCUGCGAAGGGCUACUUCGGCCCUGACUCAUGGUUUUAA